AUGUUUACAGCAUCAAAUCAAAAAACCAUAUUUCAAUAUGAAAACGAAUAUAAAAAAGCAUUUCUUACCUUUUUUAAAUUUUUAACCAGUGAAAAUGGAAUCGAUGAGAAUAAGCGAAAGUUUGUUCUCGAUUGUAUUGAAAAAUUUGUGGAUACUGAAGGAUAUGAUUCAACAAAACGUUUCGUCCUUGAUAUAUUUGAAGAAGUUGGAUUCGAAACGGUUCAAAAUGAAAGAUCCGGCGCGAAGAGGAAUGAUAAUACCAUUGAUAAAAAUGGUGCCACGUCCAACCUUGUAGCCGACGACAACGCCGUUUUAGAAUUCCCAAUGAAGAUCGAUCUCCAACAGAUGCACUUGCUUCAAUUCUUUCAACGCGCCUUGGCUCUCAACGUCGCCACCGGAAGUUCAAACAAACGCAUCUUUGGAUUCAAAAUUCCAUUCGUGAACGACCAUGCAUUUUUUGUUAAAACUUUAUACUUGGGUACUAUAAUGGUGAGGUAUAAACGAGAAGGGGAAAGUUGUGUACCAGAGAUAGUUCGAUUGGAUAAAAUCCCAAAUGGGUGGAAAAUUGACGGUGAUAGGAAACCUCUUGAUGGUACCACCAUCUUCGACUUUUAUCAGCAGGGUCUGAAAACGAGAAAAUACUUCAUGGAAAAAAAGACCAAGAAGUUAAUGAUUCCAAUUUUAUUUGGUUCAAAGAAAUGCGUCAAUUAA